AUGUUUAACGAAGAAGAGUUGAACUUGAUGAAGGCUCUGAGGAGAGGAGCCGACUUCAUCGAGGUUGAGUGUGGCUGCACUAGCAAAAAGUAUGGAGAUAGCAUUGGGAAACUAAAGGUUUUCGCCAAUGGCCAAUUUGUUAUUGACUGUGAAUGCACCAAAUAUUGCUCUGAACAGAAACUGACGCCAUAUGAUUUUGAGAAGCACUCUGGGAGAGACGGGAACAGAAAGUGGACACACCACAUCUGGGUGUACAUCGAUGGGACUAGGGUGCCAUUGCACAAAACCGUGCUGCUCAAGUACUAUAAGCAUGCAGCAAAUGAAGUGUCAAAAAGCUGCCGUGGGAAACGAACUUUUCAUCGCGAUGAGUUCAUUCGCUGCGCAAGAUGCAAGAAGGAGCGCAGGUUUCGUCUUCGAACCAAAGAAGAAUGCAGGAUUUAUCACGAUGCUUUGGUUGCUAGGCGGUGGAAAUGUGUUGACUGGCCUUAUGACAAAAUAACAUGUGCUGAUGAUGAGGAGAGGGCCAGUCGCAAAAGCAGCAGGGGUUGCCCUCGGUUUCCGAACUGUGAAGGAUGCACAUCUUGCGUGUGUGUUGGGUGCCUCAAGUGCCGCUUCAAGGACUGCAGCUGCCGCGCUUGUGUUGAUUUCAUGCAGAAUGCUGAGCCUUAG